AGGACUGACGGGACCGACAUCCAGUCUGCAUAUUGAUUACCUGCAUUUUGUAAUGCUGGUGUGAGUGUGUGUGAGAGUUUUUUUGUGUUAGGACUGUUUGUUACUAAGUCUCCAGUAACUGUGUUGGGAUACAGUGUUAAAAAAAGAUGAUUGAGCUGGAUCUUGCUGAUGGCAGCCUGAUCGAUGAGUUGAUGGAGCUGACGGCUCAGAGUAUCAGCAACCUGGAGAUCCAGGAACGUUUCAACAUCAUCAAGGAGAUUGGCCGGGGGAAAUACGGCAGAGUACUCCUUGUUACGCAUCGCUUCAGAGGGACUCCCAUGGCCUUGAAAGUGAUGCCUAAAGCCUCAACUAAGCUGCAGGGCUUUCUGCGUGAGUACUGCAUCUCCUUACACCUGUCCUGCCACCCCUGCAUUGUGGGCCUCUUCGGCAUUGCUUUCCAAUCUAAAGAACACUACUGCUUUGCCCAGGAGCUUGUCAUUGGGAGAGACCUCUUUGCUGUCAUCCAGCCAAAGGUGGGUAUCCCAGAAUCCUCUGUAAAACGUUGCGUCCUCCAGAUUACCAGUGCUUUGGAGUUCAUUCACAGCCAUGGCUUGGUGCAUCGUGAUGUCAAGCCUGAAAACAUCCUUCUGCUGGACAGUCACUGCUGUCAGGUCAAGCUAGCAGACUUUGGGCUAGCACAGAAGAGAGGCACCUUCAUACGCUUCAUCACAGGAACCCUGCCCUACAUGGCCCCAGAACUUUGCACAAUGGCCCUGCUUGAUGGCCAAAAAGAAGUGACUGCUCCACCUUUGAGUGUGGAGCCCAGCCUGGACACCUGGGCAUUUGGAGUGGUUAUCUUCUGCAUCCUCACUGGCUACUUCCCCUGGGAACGUUGCAUGGGUUCAGAUGACUUCUACCAGGAGUUUGCAGACUGGUGCAGAAGGGAGGAAAGACCAUAUGAUGAGGAGGACAUUCCUCCUUUGUGGAGAAGGUUCACACCUGAAGCCAUGGAGAUGUUUAGUAAGCUUCUAGCUCUGGAUGCUGGAAAGAGGUGUACGGUGGGGGAGGUUAGAGCAUUUGUGGAGAAGGGCUGGUUGAAGAAGGAACAUGGCAACCGAGAUCAGUAGAGAGCAGGGUGAGGGAAGGUUUUUGCUUCUAGGGAUGAUUAGAGGUAUAGAGAGGUAGACAAACAGCCUAACAACACUAAGAAUAAGUGACACAGACCUUAAACUGACUUUGACCUAGUAUUCAUUUUGCAGUUUUAAAACAUGACAAUUUGACAGGGUCAGUAGUAAAAGGGAGAAUAUAGAUCCUUUAUUUAGUGCAAAUGUAACAAAGAUAAAAUAUAGAUUAAGUAAAAUUUAGAAAUACAAAAUAUAAAAAGGUUUUGUCCCCAAAAACGUAAAAAAAUACAGAAUAAAAUCUUCCUUGUAUUUAACUCAUUGCCAUUAUUACACAGUGCCUGCAUUUCUAGCCAUUUUCCAAUUCACUUAUCUUUUUACCACUUUCUACUCACAUGCAAAUGUUGGCCACAUGAACCAACAAACAUUUGCAGGUCAAUGGUUUCAAUACUUAAUGAUGGUAAAUGGUCCGUAUUUAUAUUUAUAUUACUUUAUAUAUAUAUAUAUAUAUAUAUAUAUAUAUAUAUAUAUAUAUAUUGGCUAGCCAAAAGAAGAAGAAAAAAACCUUACAUGUAGGUUUUUGAAGCUAGCUCAUAAGUUUAGGUAAAAUAUUUCCCUAGUUAAAUCCAGCUUAUAACUCUUUCCUUUUUUUAUUUUUUCAUUUUUUUAUAUUUUGGCCAGGCAGUGCAUCUUUUAUAAAUGCCUGGUUCAAUUUAUGCAAUUUCCUAUAUAAUUCUAGUUUAGUCUGGAUAAUGCAACAGUAUGAGAAUAUGACCCAGAGAAAAUGUGAUACAAGAGUGUGUUACAUCAGGGGGGUCAUUUUGCCAACCUGCGGAUGCAACACUAAAAAGAUUUUUUUUUUCCCCCUUUGAAUCCUUUUAUCAUAUAGAAGGAGACAAAGCUUCAGUAAAUAAUGAAUUGAUAUACAUGUGAGAUUACGUCUGGCUUAUAUUUCAAAUAAAUUAUGUCAAAUGCUUACUAGCUUAAAACAUUCACUUAUCAGCUAACAUAACAAAAUUGAUUAAUUUGUUAAAA